GCGCAGGCGCCCGCGCCCCGGCGCGCCCGCAUCCACUGCCCGGCGGGGAAACUUGCUCCGCUCUUCGAGAGGAAUUGGUGCAGCUGCGCCACAAGCGAACCUCCGAGGCGGUGGGGGUGAAACGCGCGUGCGCGCCCCGUUACUAGGGGGCGGACGGCAGUGGCAGGCGGCGCGCGUGACGCCCGGCCUCCUGCGCGCCUAGCGGGGUGGAGCGGUGUCGCCUCUUCACCCUCCGCGUCCUUCUUCCAUUAACUUCUGGGCUUUCCGGCUCUUCCGAAGUUUGUUCUUGCGCACAGCCCAAAAGCCAGAAAACGGUCCACGAUGAACGGCGUGACCCAGAAUCUGCGGGAGGUGGUGAAGGUCUUGGCCAAGACUGGCGGUUUUGAUAGAGUUUUGGGAAAGGUGACUCUUGUCUCUGCUGCUCCGGGGAAAGUGAUUUGUGAAAUGAAAGUAGAAGAAGAGCAUACCAAUAAACUAGGCACUCUCCAUGGCGGUUUGACAGCCACGUUAGUAGAUGGUAUUUCAACAUGGGCUCUGCUAUGCACGGAAAGGGGAUUACCUGGAGUCAGUGUCGAUAUGAACAUAACGUACAUGUCGCCUGCAAGAUUAGGAGAAGUUGUAGUGAUUACAGCACAGGUUCUGAAGCAAGGAAAAACACUUGCAUUUACCUCCGUGGAUCUGACCAACAAGGCCACAGGAAAAUUAAUAGCACAAGGAAGACACACAAAACACCUGGGAAGCUGAGAGAACAGCAGAAUUACCUAAAGAAACCCAAUAAUGAAUGACAAGUGCAAAUUUGACUCAAUUUUAAUUCUUGAAAUAAACUAGCAAAACCUUAA